AUGGCAAGGCGAAAGGCAAAUCUGCGCACACGUCCCAAGAGUGUAACAUUGGAAAGAGCUUCUUCACAAGAUGCGGAUGAAGUGGGGGACCAAGAAAUGCAUGAAGCUUCUACACAAGUUUCUACACAAGCUUCUACACAAGGAUCAGAUGUGCAACCAGCUAUACGUGUCACUCGAGGGCCAAAAAAGUACUUGGAAAUUUGGGAUCUUCCCGAUGACCAAGAAAUUGAGUUGCCAUUAAAUAGUAUGCAUCGGCCGGUUGAUGAGGGGGAGAGGACUUUCACUGGUUUCUUGGGUACAAUUGCACGGAAACACCACAUGUGCCCGAUUAAAUACCUUGAUUGGAAGGUCAUGCCAGAAGAACUUAAAGAAGAGUGUUGGCAUCUUGUAAAGCAAAAAUACCAAGUCAAUGAUAAUCCUAAGGCAUAUGAGGGUCUGAAGAAAUUUACCUUACAAAAAAUUGGGAAGGCUUGGAGAGAUCAUAAGUGUAGGUUGAAGGCUAAGUAUUAUAUAUCGCAUUCAAGAAAUAAAGCACGGGUGAAGAGCAACGGACCUAGGAAAUGCAUACCAAAAGAUUGGAAUAUACUUGUUGAUCAUUGGUAUUUUGAUGAUGCAGUGGCAAAAACAGAUGGACAUCCUGUAGAGCGUGCAGUAUUAUUUCAAAUUCUACAUACUUGUAAAGAUGGAUCUGCAGUUAAUCCUGUAAUGAAAGAAAAAAUGGACAAAAUGAAGGAUUUGUUGGUUGACCCUAAGAAUCAAUUGCAGUCAUCUGACACAAGUGGUAGUAUUGCAAGGUCAACAGAUGAUGUGUUUGUCAAAUUGAUGGGUAAGGAGAGCAAAGGUCGCAUUCGUGGGGUAGGAUUUGGUCCAACCCUAAGUGGUCAAAGUAGCAAGAUUGCUCUCACGGACAGUGAAAUACAAUCAAGUCAACCAAGGGACAACGAAAUUGCACAAUUGAAGGCUUUCUUGGCUACUAUGGAGGAGAAAUUAGUAGGUUUUAACAAAAUGAAGGAAAAGUUAGUCAAUUCGAAGAAAUGA